CCCGCGGCUUGGCCGUGUUGUGCCUCCGCGUCGGGGCGAAGGGGAGGAGGAUGGUGACAGCGGGAGGAUGGAGGCCGUUUUAUCUAGGUAUGAAAACCAGAUCACUAUUUUGUCAGACUACUUAGAAGAGUUUCCAGAAACUGAUGAGCCAGUGUGGAUUUUAGGAAGGCAACACCACCUAAACACAGACAAAUCUAAGUUAUUGUUGGAUAUAAGCGCUCGUCUCUGGUUUACGUAUAGAAGAAAGUUUUCGCCCAUUGGGGGCACCGGUCCCUCAUCUGACGCGGGCUGGGGAUGCAUGCUGAGGUGUGGGCAGAUGAUGCUGGCCCAGGCACUGAUCUGCAGACAUUUAGGAAGAGAUUGGCAAUGGGAAAAACACAAAAAACAACCAGAAGAAUAUCAUAGAAUCUUACGGUGCUUUCUGGAUCGAAAAGAUUGCUGUUAUUCCAUCCACCAGAUGGCACAGAUGGGUGUUGGAGAGGGGAAGUCCAUUGGAGAAUGGUUUGGACCAAAUACAGUUGCUCAAGUACUGAAGAAGCUUGCUUUAUUUGAUGAAUGGAAUUCAUUAGCAGUUUAUGUAUCUAUGGACAAUACAGUGGUCAUCGAAGACAUCAAGAAGAUGUGCUGGUCCCCUGCCCAGAGCAGCGGCGUUGCCCACAGCAGUGCACAUUUGCACAGAAGUGCUCUUGGCCAAAACAAGAACACAGCAGGAUUGUGCCCAGGCUGGAAGCCCCUCUUGCUCAUUAUCCCUCUCCGGCUAGGGAUUAAUCACAUUAAUCCAGUGUAUAUUGAUGCUUUUAAAGAAUGCUUUAAGAUGCCACAGUCUUUGGGAGCAUUAGGAGGGAAACCCAAUAAUGCCUAUUAUUUUAUAGGAUUUUUAGGCAAUGAGCUGAUCUACUUGGACCCUCACACCACUCAGAGUUUUGUAGAUUCAGAAGAAAAUGGCACAGUUGAUGACAAGAGCUUCCACUGCCAGCAAGCCCCACACAGAAUGAAGAUCAUGAAUUUGGACCCUUCAGUAGCUUUAGGCUUCUUUUGCAAAGAAGAAUGUGAUUUUGAUAACUGGUGUAGUCUUGUACAAAAGGAGAUUCUAAAGCAACAGAGCCUACGGAUGUUUGAGCUGGUCCAGAAGCACCCACCACACUGGCCGCCUUUCAUACCUCCUACCAAGCCAGAAGUGACGACCACGGGAGCAGAACUCAUUGAAUCUACUGACAAGCUAUUUGAAUUGGAAGAAGAAUUUGAAAUACUCAGUGUAUGAAGGAAAGUAUAGUGACCCUUCUGAGUAUUGAACAUAUUGCUAAUAUUAUUGCAUUGACUUAAAUUACACAGCCAUGUUAGCCCAAAAGUGCCUGAAAUCAUGGAUAACUGAGCACAAACACCUGGUAUCAUCCAAAACUCCAGCAGGGACAGUUUCUUCUGUCAGAGAGCUUCCCCAGAUGGAAAGGCAGUGAAAGAUUUUAUUGUAAGACCCUGAAAGGGAACUUCUUUUUAAUGUAUGUCUUUCUUGAAGACAAAUAGAUCUCUGAGAUUAAGGCAAAAAUAAGUCUGUCAGUGGGCUUUAUGUUUGGAGAAAGGGAUAACACAAAAUGGGUAUUUCUUGCUCUCAUAUAAUGCAAUAGUUUAGUUCUUAAAGUAAAACAGUCUUCAGUUAAGGAAGAUGUUUAUUUCUGUUCCUUCCCGUGGGCUGCAUCAUAGACAAAAUGCAUUGUCUUGUUUAAAAGAUCAACUGGAUCAGGAGAAAAUUGUUUCCUUGUUAAAUAUUUUAACAUGUAUUUGAGCAACCACACUUUAUGACAAAAAUGUUUCUGUGAAAGGAACUAUGUUUAACAUAUCCAUUUUGCAAUAGCCUUCCUGUUUCUGGGAGACCUAAAGAGGAACAGGAGCCUCAAAUAGUUGAUACAGAUCACAACCACUGUUAUAGUUAUAUUUCACCUUGACCUUAAAGUUCAAUCAUUAAAACUUAGGCUGACUUUUCUUUUGGAGCUAAAGCGAGUCAAAGGUGGUUUAACUGUACCUUAUUUAUUUUAAAAAAGAUUUACACAAGUAUCUCUGUUACUGCACUUUAUCUGUGCAUCUAAUAAAUUUCUUAAGCUUUUCAUAGGUUGUAUGCUGCUAUAUUUCGUUAAUUUGUGUGAACUAAAUAUAACCCAGGUUAUUAUAAAACUUAAUAUAUAGGUAUAUGCAAAUCACUUAAUUGUCGAGUUUUGACUUGUUGCCUUUUAAAAUCUCUUUGGUAAAAGUGCCUUAAUUCUCCAGGUUUAUCAGAAGAGCUGGUACAAUUUUUUUUCUUAGAGUAUCGCUGUAGCAGCUGUACGAAAACCAGCUCAGAAUAAAGGCAAAGAUCUUUUAAAUUCACUCUACAGUUCCUUUUUACUAUCAGACAGGAACCAUUCUGAUAAUUGUCACAAUAGUGUAAUGGAUGUGAAUGGACGCACACUUUCAGCUUCAGUAAUAAAUGACCACGUAGAGAAAUCCUGAAUCCUGUCUCCUCUCACUUGCACUUCUGGAUUAGGGCUAUUGUGAUUUCCAAGAAAAUAGUCAUUACCUGGGCACGGUUCAUCUAGUUUGCCUUCGAUGUGUAAUAGCCAUAUUUGGAAACUAUACAUGUAGGAAAAAUGUCAUUUUCUUGCCCUUUCCAUGGAUUAGCUGUUCAAGUUUAGGCUUUUUUUUUUUAAACAAAGUAUUUAUUUUUCAUUAAUACAUUAAGUUACUGUGCUUAUGACAUUAGUUGCAGCCCUCUCCUCCCCACUGACAAAAAAUUAAAAUGAGCCCUUGCUCUGAAAUGCUCAGGCUUGGGCAGUACCUGCUAAAAAAAGUAAUUAAAAGACCCUCAGUAGAGUACCACGUGCUUUUUCCCCAAGCCACCCUUAGCUUCUUCAGAGAGGAGCCUGAGCCUUGCAGAGCUCUUGAAGGAUUCUGGGUGGGGGUAACUGGAUGGAAAUGGGGCUGAUGGCAAAACAGCUGGUGACUGGAAUUCCUGCUCCAUGCACCUGACAGGGAGUGGCUGGUGGAAUGAUGGGAGCUUGGACAGGGACAGCAGUGGAGCCAGUUACUUCAAGAGAAUCAGCUCUCUAAAGACAGUGGUGUUUAAAAUGCAUAAAGCUCUGAUCCUGGGGAAUAAAUUAAUUGUGUUUGCAUGUGUCAUGUUCAAAAAUAAAGCCAAGUCCCUGCA